UCAUGUAGCCUCAUGAUAGUCCUCUGUACCUAGGACAGAGUCCUAGCCCACUUCCUCUGCAGCAGCUCUGUGCCUCACACAGGUCAAACCUUUCAUGCCAACUGAUAGAGCAGGAUACACUCUUUAGGGAGAAAUUUUUAGCUCAUAUGCCUUGGUCUGGGCUUUACCGUAGGGGUUCCUCUUGGGUUUACCUUUCUGCUAGUUGCUGGUUGGUAAUAAUUUUCGUGGUACAAAUGAACUAUUAUCUUUUCAGUUGUUAAAGGACCAAAGAAGCGUGGGCCUUCAAAGAAGAAACCCAGAGCCAUGAAAUUUGAAAAAUGUGAGCCUGGAAAUUCUCAGUGCAAAAUACCUGGAUGUUUCUUGCGUGGCCUUGAAAACUUAAAGCAGUACUCUGGGAAGAAUUUUAAGCAAAAUAAGGACGAACUGGUUCAGAAAAUCUACACUCUGCUUAACAGCUCUGUCUUUGAUAAAAAGAUGCCGGAGAAAAUUGACAUCGGCUGGAAUAAGAAGAUGCUGAGAACUGCCGGCUUAUGUACCACUGGCGAGAUUCGAUACCCAAAGCGGGAGCGUUAUGCUAAAAUUGAGAUUGCUCUGAAAGUCUGUGACUCUGCAGACCGACUCCGGGAUACUUUGAUCCAUGAAGUAUGCCAUGCAGCCUCCUGGCUGCUUGAUGGUGUCCGUGAUUCUCAUGGCGAUGCGUGGAAGUAUUAUGCCCGAAAAUCGAAUAUGGUACAUCCAGAGCUGCCCAAGGUCACCCGUUGCCAUAACUAUGAGAUUAACUACAGGAUUCAUUAUGAGUGCACUCAGUGCAAAUCCAGGGUCGGCCGCUACACCCGAUCAUUGAACACUGACCGUUUCAUCUGUGCCAGGUGCAGGGGCUCUCUGGUCAUGCUGCCGUUAACUCGGAAAGAUGGAACCCCCAUUAAGCCCCACGUGAGGCCAUUUGCCAAGUAUGUGCAGGAGAAUUACAGAAUAGUCAAGAGGGAGAUGGCAGGGAUAGGUCAUGGGGAUGUGAUGAAAAAGCUCAGCAGGGAUUUUUUGGCCAAAAAACAAAGGCAGGAGCUUUAAGGCUAUCUGAGGAUGUAUUUGUUCGAGAUGAGCCAUUUCUUAGUAAGGAGUUUUAGAAAGAUCUCGAUGCUAUGAAGUUACGAAUAUUAGAAUCUAAAUCCCUUUAAAAAAGCUUCCUGUUAUUAAUGAUGACUUUUUUUUUUUUUUGUCUUUUUAGGGCCGCACCCGUGGCAUAUGGAGGUUCUCAGG